AUCCUUUGAAGAGAGCAUUGCACAACCACAAUCAAGAGGAUGCACAUUGCUUUGCUCAUUCUCAUCAAAUGUGCUGCUGUACAAUCUUUUUAUCUUUUCAGCACGGCAUCCCUUCCACUGCUUUAGGAAGCUUUAUUUUUUUGCCACCACUAUGGCCAUGACCCCUCACUCAUCCUCCCCUGGUAUACUUACUCGUACCUUGCCACUCAUUCUCUUCUGCUUCCUAACCUCAUCCUUUCAGGGCAUCUCAAUCACCCAUGCACAAGUCGCUCCUAUCCCUAAUACACAAAUGCCGUAUGCACGCGUGGGAUCAAAAUUUUAUGUUCAGAGUGGUCCGCGUUCUGCAAAAAGCACACCAAUUUUCUCUUUAGACCUCUCAAAAUCAUGGUCAGUCAAUGCACCUGCUUGGACAGCCGAAAAUUUCGGCAAUCUCAUCAAUAACCCAGACACCUUGGGAAUAGACGACGAUAAAUCCUUACAAAUAAUCAAUCGGGCUACUGGAGUAUAUAAUCGAUGGAAUAUUUCCAACCCCAACGCACAAUGGAUUGCCAGUGACUCGUUGUGGAGCUCUUACUGCCUUGAUAUUACACGUGAGACUACCAUGGAUGCCAGGACUGGAUGGACAUAUAGCUUUAUUAAAGGCGAGGGUGGUGCACCUGAUGCCGUCUGUGUGGACUCAAAAGCACCAGAACCUGUUACCGUCAAUGCGGUUACCGAUGAUAUAUUUGGAGAGAGAAUCAUCGAUGGUGCUGUCUACAAUAGCGCCAGAGCCACAGUCAUGAUAGGAUACAGGCGCUUAAUGGACAGUUCCUGGGGAUACCUUUUAGAAUAUUCGAUUGACGGCGACAAAUGGACAAAAUUUAACUCAACAGGAGAGCGUCCCACCAAGAGAGAGCAAAACUGCAUGGUUAUUGACUCAAAAGGGACCAAGAUUGUUGUCUUUGGAGGCUCUACUGUAGAUCCUACUAAUCCUGCAAAGCUGGUGUCUUCUCCUGAGUUGUUUGUAUUAGAUCUUCAAUCGAGACAAUGGAGAAAAGCGCCAAAUGCGGCUACACCUCGCGCCUAUGCUGCUUGUACCCUGGUCGGGGAUCAAUUCAUAGUCUGGGGUGGUCAGAAUUCAGAGAGUCCAAGUGGUGACGGAUCGAUCUUGCUGUUCGACCUAUCCAAGUUUGAAUGGGCCACAACUUAUACACCUCCGAGCGACAUGCAAUCCCGUCCCGAACUGUCGACUGGAUCUUCAACUGCUAAUAUUGGAGCCAUUGCAGGAGGUGCCGCUGGUGGUUUGAUUUUUUUAGCGGCCAUUGCAGGAUUGUUUAUUUACAGACGGCGACAAAAACAAAAGAGUGAGAGAAGUGAUGCCUCUGGAAAGAUUGAGAGCUCGCCUGAGGACCAUGGCAAAAGUCUAGUUUGCGGUCCCCAGCUAAUGAGUAGUACUUUGCCUGCUCUAGGUCGAAAUCCUCAUGGGGAACCUGCUCCGAAAUAUAGAGCCAUAGAACAGCCAUCUUCGCCUGGCGAAUAAAUUCGACAUAAUAAAUAAUGAAUAAUUUGAC